AUGAUAACACCACAGGCUAAAGAGGGCAGGGAUGUCUGCUUUACCCAGCAGGAGACCAACACCUUCAGCCUGAGGACUGCAGCUGUGAACAGGAACAGUUCAGGGUCUGGACCAGCACCGGGACGAGGCCCCGCUGAAUCUGACAACCUCCACCUGUACCGCCGACAGUUCAGCGAUGGAGCAGUGACGGAUGCAGGGUGUCUCCAACAGUGCUCUUCUUCCAUCAGCUGUCUGCAGGAGGGGUUCAGCCCGGACACUUGUUCAUACAGCUCCAGCAGCGAGGCACCACCACCCUGGGACCAAUACAACAUCAGCAUUCAGAGUUCGUACCCAGAGCUACCAGCUGGGCCAGGGACGCCUUCCUGCUUCCUGUCUCAAAGCUAUCCAUCCUACUGCUCAUCGAGCCCUAUACAACCGGUCUCAUCUAGACUGUACUCUAAUAAUGACCAGACCAACAGCUCAAAAUAUUCUCUCCAAAGUCUCCCCACUCAGUCUCCCCAGGAGAGCACCACACAGCCUCUCUUUCCAAAGCCCAUUUACUCGUACAGUAUCUUGAUCUUCAUGGCUCUGAAGAGCAGUAAAACAGGAAGUCUGCCAGUCAGUGAGAUCUACAGCUUCAUGACUGAACACUUCCCAUAUUUCAAGACAGCUCCUGAUGGGUGGAAGAACUCAGUGCGUCACAACCUCUCCCUGAACAAAUGCUUUGAGAAGGUGGAGAACAAAAAUGGAACAUCGUCUCGUAAAGGCUGUCUGUGGGCACUCAAUCCCGCCAAGGUGGAGAAGAUGCAGGAGGAGUUGCACAAGUGGCGACGCAAAGACCCCAUCACUGUUCGCAGGAGCAUGGCAAGGCCAGAAGACCUCAAUCGUUUACUGGGAGAAAGACCGGACAAGCUCAGGUCUUUGCCACCUUACACCAGCCCAGCCCUCUUAUCCAGAGUAUCCCCAGUCUACGGCACCACUUCGUCAUCUUGCAGCCCAGCGCAACUUCGACCACCCUGCCAACCCAUUCGGCGCCCACAGUAUGCCCAUAUUCAGCCUCAGCAACCCUGCUACCUUCCCCCCGCUGCAGCUCACCCCAGCAACUCAUUCACCCUGUCCUCACCCUGUGGACACCCACCUGCAGCAGGCUUCCCAUCAGGAGGCCUGAACUCCCCCAUGGCUGGGAAGAUACCACCAGUUUAUAAUUCUGCCAUGCAGGAUGAGUACAGUGUUGGCCCCAGGAGCAUGCAGGACUUGAUGUUGGAAGGAGAUGCCAUUUAUGACAUUGACACACUCAACCCCAGUCUGAUUGACCUGCAGCUGCAAGGUAGCAUGUGGGAGGAGUUAAGGAAGGACAGCUUGGUGUCGGAUCCACAAGUUACCACAGCAGCCCUGUCCACUACACCUGCCCUGCAGUACUCCCACGUCCAGACAAGCUGCCUGCAGGUCACACCUCCUGUCAGUCAGACAUCAGAGGUGACUGCUGUCGGUCGAUGUAAAGUGGAGUACCAGGUCGAGAACAGUGGCAGUGGACCACACUUAGAGCAGCAUGGCUGUUUGAAUGGACUGCAUCCUGUGGUUUAUUCAGGGGUGGAGAGCUUGGCUGGAUAUCUGACCUCCUGUACCACAACCAUCUCUUUAUUGUAAAGACCUGGUGGCUGAUCUCCCUCCCUGACCCUUGAUGUACUAUAUUAACCUGAAUGGGAAAUAUUGUACCAAGUACCUUCAUGAGUAUUAGCUUGGUGGUUAUUUAACCCACCAGAUCCCCUGUUUACCACUGCAUGACAGACUCUGUGGAGAAACUAGUGACAAACAUAUUCACUGUUUGUAUCCACUGUGACCAAAUGAUGAUGUUCAACUGAUAAAAAAUAAUAUAGCUCUUGUUAUAUAUUUUUUUUCUGUUUCAAUAUGCAUUUCUUCUCCCCUAUUUUCUAUUUGCAAAAGCAAAUA